CUCUGACUGCCACAACAUCCUCUUUGCUCUGUGUGAUGCAUUGGUCUCAGUCUCUGGUAAUCCAGCUUGGUUGUGCCUCUGAACAUUGUCGUACUUUCUGCAAUCUGCCAAUUUCUGUACGGAUGAACCACAUUGGAAUAUCUUAAAGCAUCGACUUUUCCUCUGUUUUUGGACCUCCAGCUUGUUGGAGCCUCAAAGGAAGUAAUCAGCUCCUGCUGGACUCUCCUAGACCCUACUAUGAAGUCCCAUCCAGGAGUCUCAACAGUGCUGCCCAUCGCUCUCUGCCUCAGUUUGGCUCCUGUGUGUUUGGGAGCUGCCAUCCCUGCUGCAUGUGGAACCAUCUACAAGAGCUUUGCUCAGUGUUUACUCUCACUUGGGGACAGCUUGGUGGAAACCCAAAAAGACCAAAAUACACAAGAUAUAGACUCGAUCUGCAGGUCCUGGAAUGCUUUUCAUGUCUGCGCCAGCACUGCCUUGGCUGGCUGUCCUGGAGAAGCGGCGGCUAUCUGGGAGUCUCUGAGGCAAGAGUCCAGGAAGACCCAGUUUUCCGGAAACCUUUACGACAUGUGUGCCAGCCGGACAACUCUUCCCCCCAGCGCUGUGCCUACACCUCAGAGCUCUGCCACCUCAGACCAGAUGAACAAGGAGACUCUGAAAGGGCAGACACACAGGCUGAGCCCCACCAGCAUCUCAAUGCUUCUCCCUGGGUUCAUCAUUCUACUAGUUUCCCUCCGGAGUUAGUCCACCCAACAGAGACGCUCAUGUAGCAAAGACACUUAUCAAGCUGCAAGCUUUUGAACUGGUUUAGCUGGAGAUGUCACUGUAAAAGUGUAAAUCUAUGGGGUUAGUCUUCUAUAAGCAAGCCUAAGAAAUGAACAAGAUUUUGAAGGUGUUUAUAGCAAUAAAUGUUUUAUCUGACUGAUGACAACUGUUCAUCUGAAGGCUGCUCCAAGCUCAAGAACUUCAGCUCAUCAUGGACAUUUUCAGUUCUAAAAAUGUGAAAUGAUUUACUUCACUGGUUUGGUUCUUUUUCAUUCAACACAUCUAAUGCUGGGCAAACGCCUAGUUUUUUUUAUAUUUAUCAGACAUAAACGUAGACAUCUACGUUUCUAAGAAAUCUAUUUUGUUUGGUUUAAAGCCUCUUUCAAAUUACAGACCUCAUGACAUACAUUUUAAUGUCUAUUUAUUGGAGCCUCUCAAAAACAUGUUUUUUUUUUCCAAUUACUUUGACCGAAUCUUAGAAAAAAUCCAAAAAUAAGGACUAAGAGACUCUUUUUGACAGCAGUUUACUCAUUUAGGUAAAUAUGAAAAUGUUUGUACUGGCUUUUUCCUUAUCAACCACUUCUCUUAAUUUAACAGGACCUUUGAUUAAGCAGCUUUUCAAACAACAUUAUCUACAGCAGAGGAAGUUGGAAGUAACAUAUUUGAAAUAAAACCUGACUUCAAGUUAAAAUGUUCAUAGAAAUUGUCCUUUCUCAAGAGAAAGUUUUAAAUAAGCAGGAUUUUAAAAUAAUGCUUUAAUUCCUUGUAUUUUAUUGUGCAGCCAGUUUUUAAAAUCUGAAACUUGUGCCCUACUUCUUUAUGAAUUUGGAAACGUAAUAAAAUGUUAUCCUUUGCUUUAAA